GGCGGGGCUGCUGUGUCAGGCUGCGGGCGGUGGGGUUAAGUGUGUCGCCGCGGCCCGGGCCCAGGCCGGACGACCGAACGCGGAAUCCACACCUCGCACCUGCAUCCGCCGUCUCCGGUCAUGGACCUCCGCCUCUGCCCCUGCCGCGCGGCUCUGCUCGCGGGUGGCUUCCUUCUCUUCCUGCUGCUCGUAGACCCGGUGCUUCUAGCCGGACGUCGCCCGCCUGUUGUGCUGGUGCCUGGUGAUUUGGGCAACCAGCUGGAGGCAAAGCUGGACAAGCCGACAGUCGUGCACUACCUCUGCUCCAAGAGGACCCCCAGCUACUUCACGCUCUGGCUGAACCUCGAACUGCUGCUGCCGUUCGUCAUUGACUGCUGGAUCGACAACAUCAGGCUGAUCUACAACAAAACGUCCCGGACCACCCAGUUUCCCUAUGGUGUGGAUGUGCAUGUCCCUGGCUUUGGGGAGACCUUUUCAGUAGAGUACUUGGACCCCAGCAUAAGCAGCAUAGGUUCCUAUUUCUACACCAUGGUGCAGAGCCUUGUGAGCUGGGGCUACACACGGGGCAGGGACGUCCGGGGGGCCCCCUAUGACUGGCGCCGAGCCCCAAAUGAAAACGGGCCCUACUUCCUGGCCCUCCAGGCGAUGAUCGAGGAGAUGUACCAGCUGUAUGGGGGCCCUGUGGUGCUGGUCGCCCACAGUAUGGGCAACAUGUACAUGCUCUACUUUCUGCAGCAGCGGCCACAGGCCUGGAAGAACAAGUAUAUCCGUGACUUGGUGGCACUGGGUGCGCCCUGGGGGGGCGUGGCCAAGACUCUGCAUGUCCUGGCCUCAGGAGACAACAACCGGAUCCCUGUCAUCAGGCGUCUGAAGAUCCGAGAGCAGCAGCGGUCUGCUGUCUCCACCACCUGGCUGCUGCCCUACAACUAUACCUGGUCACCCGAGAAGGUCUUCAUGCGCACACCCACAGCCAACUACACGCUGCAGGACUAUCGCCGGUUCUUCCAGGACAUUAGCUUCGAAGAUGGCUGGCUCAUGCGGCAGGACACGGAGGAGCUGGUUAAACCCAUGGUGCCACCUGGCGUGCAGGUGCACUGCCUCUACGGCACUGAUGUCCCCACACCAAAUUACUUCUACUAUGAGAACUUCCCAGAUCACGAUUCUAAGAUCUACUAUGGCAAUGGCGAUGGCACUGUGAACAUAGAGAGCAUCCUGCUGUGCCACACCUGGCAAGGCCUCCAGGAGCACCAAGUGUCAUUGUUUGAACUGCCAGGCAGGGAGCACAUCAAGCUGCUGGCCGACCCCGCUACUCUGGCCUAUCUGAAAAGUGUGCUCCUUGGGUCCUGAUAGCCGUGUGAGGCAGGGCUGUGGGAUGGCUUGGCCACAGCUGCUUCUCUUGGCCUCUGGGGCUAUCAUGGCCCAUGAGCUUAGCAGUCUGAGGCUGACCAUCUAAGGCCAUGGGUCUUGGGUUGUGAAAUGCCUGCCAUGGGGAAGUGCUGUGUCUUACCCUUCCUCUGUGGGAGUGAGGAAGGAAGAAAUAGUCUAGACUCACUCGAGGGACCUUUAAUGGAAAGAGUGCUGGUGCUGGUUCAACUGUUGUGACCUCAGGACGGGCUCGACAGGCGGGUUGGCUGAUACCUUGCCCCAGUCCCCAACUCAGGGGUCAUGUGUUCUUCUACCCCUGUGACCUUUCCACACGUGUGCAUCAGGCCCCGGCCCCUCAGCCUGCCUUGUGAGGGAUAUUUCUGAGCUGUGGUCCCUGCCUCCAAAGGCCCCAGGGAUGGGCUCUUGAUCCCUAGAGGAUCCUUCCCAUACACUGGCCACAGGUAGACCUGCUACUGGCUUAUAUGUGGCUGGAAUUUCUGGCUUUGCUGUGGCCUAGCCGCUCAACAGCCUGGCUCUGGCUUUUUGGGGCUGCCUGGUUCCCCCUGCAGGCAGGGGUGGGUUGUUGUGUUCUCCUUCACCUCCAAGAACAACCUAACUCAGGAUUGGGUAGCAGUUGGUUCCCCAGUUCUGGGGGCUAUGUCCCAGGAGCCCUGAUCCCAUUGAUUGGGCCCUUGCCUACAGUACUGAUGCUGGCUCUCUUUGCCUUGGGUCUCUGGUUCAAGGAUGAUGCCAGGGCCUUUUAGGUACUUAUGAAGAAAGAGAACUCAAAGAAUUGAGUUCCUCAGAGCUGCCCUGACUGCCUUCUUGCUAACCCCACCACCACAUUGCUACCUUGCCCUAGGUUCCCUGUAGCACCCAAGUGGGCUGACACAGGGCUGAGAGGAGAUGGGGUUCCAGCCAGCCCUGCCCAGCACCUACCCCCACCAGGCAGCUCAGUGGUGUUCAGUCUGCAGGGACUGACCCAGAAGCUUCAGUGGGCCACCGAGAGAGCCAGGUGCCUUGGGGCCCCUGGGGAUUUUCUGUCCACCUCACAUGUUGCAUGGGUCUGCCUGUGAUAGUAGGGAUAGAGAAUCCGGAUCUGCUUUGGUGAUAGUGGUUUUUAAGUGGGUCAUGGCUAUAGGCCAAGACUUGUAUCUGCUCUCUAGGGUGGGCCCCCAAAGCCAUAGUCAGGCUGGAUUGUGUUGCUCUCCUACAGGGUUUCUGUGGAGCUGGAUUUUCUCAGUUGCAUACAUGCCCAGCAUUUGUCUUUCCCUUUGUUCCUGAAUGACGGGCCCCACAUGGGGCUUUGAGCAGAUUAUCUUGAUUCUGGCAAUGAAAAUAUUCUGGAUGCUGUAAA